AUGGGAGAAAAGCUGAGUAAAGAGAACCAAAAAGUAAAGUUUAGCUUUGAUAAGCCAGUUGAGUUCACAGCACUGACUCUUACCAAAUGUAUUUUCUAUUCAGGAACAAAACAAGAAAUUUUAAAAUUGUACAAUAGAUAUCUCAAUUAUAAUCAGGCCAAUGGACUCUAUCUUGCUGUUCCCGUCGCAAAGCAUGUAUUUAAGCAGACUUCUGCAGAAGGACUGGAUGGAGAAAUUUUUCGUCUAUUUGGGCACAAAUCCAAAGUGAAUAUUUUGGAAUUUGUUUCUGCUCUUAUAAUUUAUGCUUCAAUUGACUGAAAAGAAAAAGUUCAAUUAACAAUGCGAAUUUUCGACUUUGAUGGGAAUGGUUGCUUUUCAAUCGAUGAAGCCAUUGUCCUAAUCAAAUCAUUUUUCAGAGGGUAUGCUGCAAUUACGAAAAGCUCUUUUAUCAGCUCUGGCAUCGUUGAACAAAUUGCAAGUUUGAUAUUCAAAGAUACUUUUAACGAAAAUGAAGACACAAUUGAUUUGGAAGAGUAAUUUUUCUAUUAGGAUUUGCAAAUUGAGUAAGACUUCAUUCUGAAGCAAAAGAGUUGUUUGAAAUCAAUCAGCCAUCCUUGGUCUUACCUAAAGAACUCACAGUUAAGCGAUCAAGAUCUGAAGCUCCUUCUUUUGCAAUAACUCCUCCUUGUAGAACCCCUGAUUUGACACCAAAGAGACUUAGAAUUUUUCGAAAAUCGGAACUUCCUCUCAAAAUACAAAAUUCAACUCCUAGAAGAAUUUCAGUGUCAUUUAUGAAAAGUCCUCCAAAAAAAAGAAUGAAUAAAAAACCUUUAUCAAGUAAGCCACUUUUUAUAGUUACUGAUAAUAUACAAACUUAUACCAAAGAAUUCGUCAUAUGGAUGUACAAAGUUUUUAAUUCAUUGGAUUUACAUCUGAAAGACCAUGUUUCUAUUUAUUCUUUGAUUUCUGAGUUUAGAAGGAUAAAGCACAUAGAAAUUGCAAAUAAGCUUGAAGCAUAUUGCAGUAAGACGCACAUGACUAAAAUAGACUUUAAAGAAUUAUUGAAAAUCGUAUGUGUAGGCGUUGGGAUAUUCCAAAUAAAGAGAAUGCUCACAUGGGUUAUCAAAGAUGUGCCUGCAAACGAGAGUUUUGACAAACCCAAGCAUUUUAAAGACAAGCUUGGACUUAGAACUGCAAAAAAGUUUCGAGUCUUAUUUCAAAAAAUUGACACAAAUAAAGAUGGCCUUAUCGAUUUAGAAGAAUUAAAAGAAGCCCUACAAGAAGACUUCGAUCUAAGGCAUAUUGAAGAAAUUUUCAGAGAAUACGAUGAAGAUAAAAAUAAUGUUAUAGAUUUUGGUGAAUUUCUUAAAAUGAUGGCUCCACUUGGAGUUGAAGUUCCAGACGAUCUGAUUGAAAAAGCAUCAUAA